GCUUGGGGCUCUGUUUCGCACUGAGGAUCUGCAAUAUAAGGCACUCACAGCAUCCGCUGUGACAGGUAUGUCUGUUUUUACCAGACAUACUUCGCUCAUUAAGAGGAAGAUUUCCAAAUUCACUGCAAGAUUUCUUUCUAUUUCUGAAAGUUUGCUGCAAAGGGACUUGUUUCACGUUUCCCUGCUUCGUGUAUUUUUAUUUUAUUCCCCAUGUUUUUUGCUCAUGUGAGACAGUAAAGGACUUGCCGUGUUUGUUCCAACAUAAAUCAGACCUGUUUUUCAUAUAUAGGCCUAUAUUUUUUUUCUAAGUGCAUUCAGCCUUCCCAGUCUUUUUGGGACUGUAGCUGUAUUUCGUGGAAGCGGAUAUGGGCCAGUUUUCUGCUCCACAGAUGCGUCUUUCAGAGGUGAGAGCGCCGGAGUCGUGCAUCCUCGGAUAAACUGCGGCCGCUGCAGGUUUUUCUGUGUGGAGGAUUUGAGACAUGGGCUGAGCUCCUGUAAUUUACUCUGCGUUGGUCUCCUGAAAGCUACUCAAAUAUGCGAGGAUGGACGGCGGGAAGCGGAGACUGAUGAAGCUUUAAUUUCUCACGCACCGGCACCGGAACAACUGGACGUUAAUUCCCAAUUUAGUUAGAAAGACGAAUAAGUCAGUGAUUUAGUUUGGUUUAAUCUUUUUUUAUUUUAUUUUUUAAGUAAUGACAAUGCCUUUUUUAUUCCUAAUAUAUGAAGGGCGCACGUACAACUUCAUGAGAGCAGAGAGGUAAAGUUGGUUAUCUGUUAUUAUUCUAAUAAAUCCGAGGUGGAAAAAGUUGAGACUGUUUGCACUUUUGGAUCGCGUUUCCUGCGCAUCGGAGACGCAGCCUCACCGUUCACGCAGCUCGUUUCUUCCCUCAUCCCGGGCAACCAUGUGGCUCCCCUUCCUCGCCCUCCUGCUCAUUCUGCGGCUCUCCGAGGCGAUCAACACGUGUCGGUCCAUCGACCUGGACGCGCAGAAGUCGCGGCGCAUCGAGGCGGUGCGCGGCCAGAUCCUCAGCAAGCUGCGCAUCCGCAGCCCGCCGGAGGACGACAACAAUCGGCGGUCGGGCUUUGUGCCACCCGAGAUCAUGCUGCUUUACAACAGCACGCGGGAGCUGCUGAAGGAGCGCACGCGGCUGGCCGAGUCCGCGUGCGAGCGCGAGAGCAGCGAGGAGGAUUAUUACGCCAAAGAGGUGCAGAGGAUCGACAUGCAGCCACCGCGCACCGACUCCAAUGCUGUGCAGCCGGCGGCACCAAACCUCUACUACCGAGUGGUCCACUUUGACGUCAGGGAUGUGGAUCUGAUCAACAGCACCCUGGUCAAGGCUGAGUUCAGGAUCUUCAGAGCUCCAAACCCACAGGCUCGGGCCUCGGAGCAAAGAGUGGAGCUCUACCAGAUACUGAAGCCAGAGGAAGACAGCACGUCCACUCAGCGCUACAUCGACUCUCGGACCGUCCAGCUGAGAGCUAAAGGAGCCUGGCUCUCUAUGGACGUCACAGAAACAAUCAAAGACUGGGUGUCAGAUCCAGAAAACAAUCUCGGCCUGAAGCUGGGCGUCCACUGUCCCUGCUGCACCUUUGUCCCAUCCACCAACAACAUUGUCCCUAACAAGAGCGAGGAGCUGGAGGCGCUUUUCGCUGGUGUCGAUGACGAGCGGCUUCGUCAGAUGAGGAAGCCCGGUCAGGUUAAAGGCCAGCCGGACUUCAGCACCAAGACACCACACCUCAUCCUCACCCUGCUGCCUAGCGACCGAGUGGACAACCCGGCCAAGAAGAACCGUAAGCGGCGGGCGGCGGCCACAGAAACCACAACCUGCACCCGGGGGUCGGAUCAGGGCUGCUGCCUGCGCUCGCUCUACAUUGACUUCAGGCGGGACCUCAACUGGAAGUGGAUCCACGAGCCAAAAGGUUACACAGCCAAUUUCUGUGCUGGUAACUGUCCGUACCUCUGGAGUGCCAACAACCACUACAACAUGAUCCUGCCGCUGUACAACAAGCUGAACCCAGAGGCCUCCGCCUCCCCCUGCUGCGUCCCUCAGGACCUGGAGCCUCUCACAAUCAUGUACUUCUUUGGCCGCACGCCUCGAGUCGAGCAGCUCUCCAACAUGGUGGUCAAAUCCUGCAAGUGUCGCUGAUAAAAGCAGAGGAGAACUCUGCUAACUGAGAUGGAUCCUUCCUGGCAAACUGAAUCAGACGUCAGGACUUUUUUUUUGUUCCUCACAGUCAUGCUUCACUCUCUGGAAUUUUCCGUUUGACGUUGGACCCUGUAAAUACGACUACAUAGGUUUAUUAAACGUGUUUCUGUAUAUUAAAACUCAGAAAAGCCUUUGUUUUUCCAUCAGGACCGAGCCUCUGUGAUAGCCACACCAGAUGUGUUUGCUCUAGGCUUAAAGGUGUUAAUUUGAAGCCUGCGGCGGCGAGGUGAGGCCUCGCAGAUUUUGCAGAGAUGAAAAAGCGAAGGAGUUCAGGGAGCAGAUAGGAAAGAGAAGCAGGAGCCGCGUUCAGGCGGGGGCCCUGCCAGCUCUCUGCGGUCCCCAGGCUGAAAUCUGCCCGCCGUAAACAGGAUGUGAAAGGUUUCCAGACACCGACCCGACCACUCACGGAACGCCAGAUUUAAACGCUCCCCUCGUCUCCUCUCCUUCUCUCCCUCUUUCUCUGUGCAUCGCUCGAGGUUCUGGGAUUUGUGGUGGGAGGAGAGAGGGAGAAAAGAGAGGCUUUGAAAAUGAGACGUGGGAUGAUAGGGCCGCAUUUGGAACGGCUACACGUUUGGAAGGUGGUAUUUUGCAGCCGUGGCAAAUUUGUAACUAUUCAGGCCUGGCGCAUGCGUCUCAUAAUCACACUCCCUUUUUUUUCAUCAUGCGAUCAUUAUCUUAUUAUAAGAGGGCGGCCUUCCUGUUCUCCUGAUCUUAUUCUGUGACACCUUUUGUUUUCCAAACUCCUCCCUGAUUCAGAGUCUCUGUGCACCCAAGCAUCCACACUGACCACUGUUGAUAAAAUAUCUAAAUGCUGGAAAAAAAAAACAUCUCCGGGUCUGAUUUUAAAUAUAGGCUCUCUGGUAUGCCAGUGGUUUGUGUGUGAGGAGACAGUGUGUGUGUGUGUGUGUGUGUGGGGUGGAGGGUGGGUUGUGGGGGUGGAAAUCAUGGUGAAAGUGAUUCUUAUAGUUUUAUUGUGAUUGUGCAUAGAGCAAGAUUAGUUUCUGUGCCGGCUGACGAUAAAGGGACAGGAAGCAGUUCAAUCAUGGCAAAACACCAGGCUGCCACAACAGCAGCCAGUUAUAGAUGAAUUAGGCGGUUUGUGUCGAGUCCGACCACGGCCACAGGAAGUGCUGGUUUUCAGCUGGAUGGCUGUGAAAUUGUGUAAGUGGAUAUGUCCAACAUUAUUUUGGUCAACACUUUGUGCAACAGCUUUCCUAAAUGCAAGAUUUAAGGACUGAUCCACACAAAUAGGAAACCAGCCGAGCUUUUAGGUGGUGGAUUUCCAGUCAGAAGUUUACAUACGUUCAUCCUCCAUUAUUUUUGGGAAGUUUAACUAUGUGAACUGGUCUUUUUUUCCUGCGGAGAGGUAUUAUUGAACAAAUUCACUGUUUCAAAGACACCGCAGGGCUUUUUUAAACCAUCAACAAGGCAGAGGUGGGGACUCCUAGUCAUUAAUAUUAAGACUUUAGACUUGACUUGACAAAAUGCUCAGACUUGGGAUAGACUUUGACUUUUACCCCAUUGACAUGGGACUUGAAUUGGACUUGAGGGUCAUUGCGCGUAACGGAAACCCUGUAAAUUCUAGACACUAACAGGUAC